UGCCACAUCCAUCGUUGGUGUCAGUGGGGGAGGAGUAGUGCCCCAUCGUUGGUGUCAGUGGGGGGAGGAAUAGUGCCCCAUCAUUGGUGUCAGGGGGGGGGGAAUAGUGCCCCAUCGUUGGUGUCAGUGGGGGGAGGAAUAGUGCCCCAUCGUUGGUGUCAGUGGGGGGAGGAAUAGUGCCCCAUCGUUGGUGUCAGUGGGGGGAGGAAUAGUGCCCCAUCGUUGGUGUCAGUGGGGGGAGGAAUAG